AUGGCUGGCCUGGCGUCGCAUCUGCAUCUGCAUCUGCAUCUGCAUCUGCAUUGCGCUGAGUUAGUGCGCCCACCUGGGGCCCGCAUGGAUGGAUCCGCGGUGGUCGAGCGUCGCGCGGCGAGCACAGGCGUAGCUAGGGUGGGAAGUCCUAUAUGUACUGUAUCUGAUCCUGCGGGUUCACAUCCCCUGCACGUACAGAACUCCUCGUUUGAUCCUCGUGCGCCAACCCUUCUUCAUUCUUCUUCGGACCUAGUCUUUCUGGUCUCUGCGUCUGCUUCUGCUCGUGCUUCUUCUCGUCUCCUCUUCCCCUUCUCUUCUUCCGCUUCCGCUUCCACUUCCACUUCCACGUCUUCCACCGCCGCUGCCCCGGGCUCCGAACCCCUUCAUCCCUACGUUCGGCCCCUGUUCCUGACCGACCUGACCUGGCCUGGCCCCGAUCACCCAAGACUCCGAAGUGCUAAUAAUAGAAUUUCCUACCGGCUUGUCAGUCCUGUAAUGGUCGACGUACCUGGACGUAUACGGAGUACGAACGGAGCGGAGGGACAGCAUGAUGCCAGGAACGUACGUACCCCUGGCUUUGCAGCCUGCUUGCGGACUACGGUAAGGUUUGAGGCCGCAGAAGCGGGUUCAAGCCGUGCUGGAUAUUCCCCGUACCAUCCUAACCUCCCCCUCCCCCCUCCCCCCUCCCCCUCCCCCCUCCCCCCUCCUCCUCCUCUCCCCUUCUCCCUCUCCCUCUCCCUCUCCCUCUCCCUCUCCCUCUCCCUCUCCCUGUCCCUCUCUCCUGGGACCCUUUUUGACUUUGAAAUGAGAUGUGGGGGCCCAGCCCAGCCCCAGCACCAGCAACCAGCACCAGCCCAGCCAGGCUCAGGCUCAGGCUCAGCGCAUCAGUCACGACCAGGACCAGGAUCAGGACUAGGAUCAGGAUCAGGACCAGGACCAGGACCAGGGCCAGGACCAGGACGAGGACACAUGUGGCCGAGUCUGAGACCGAGUCUGAGCCCUACGGAGAGUACUCUCUGUACAGAUAGACCGUGGUCUGCAUCUGCAUCUGCGUCUGCAUCUGCAUCUGCACCCGCACCUGCACCUGCACCUGCACCUGCACCUGCACCCGCACCUGCACCUGCACCUGCACCUGCACCUGUGGAUUCAUCAACCCCGAGCGAGUCGAAACUCAAUCUCGGGUCCAAAAGUCAAUUGUCAGCCUGGACCACGUGGGAAAGCCAUGGAGCCAGCAACGCCUGCGUGCGCGCCGCUGUCUCUGCUGUCGGAACGUCGCCGAGGGCGGAGGGGGAUCAGGGACGAAGAGGCCAGAGGAGUCCAUUCAGACAGCCAGCAGCUCCGGGACCAGACACCAGAAGAUGA